UAGGGCGGAAGCUCCGGCGUUUUGUCGUAAAUCAAAAGCAGGCUAUUUUGAUGUGUCAGCCAACUGUGGGAUUCAAUGGAUAUCGAGGUGGACAUAAUUGAGUUCAAGGUUCCCACUGAAAACAACAAAACCAUUUUUAUUUGGGAUAUACAGCCGUCGUUGUCGGAAGCGUUUAUUUACGAGCGCGUGUGGCGCGCGUACUCGGCGUUUGGCGCGCUCUACCUGGUCAAGGUGUGUCCCGCGGUGCGCGCGCGCGGCUUCUACGCGCUCGUGAAGUUCUAUUCUUCCGCGCAGGCGUCCAAAGCUCAGAGGGCCACGGACAAGCAGUGUCUGUUCCAGACAGUUCCCCUGAAAGUGCAUCUGAGCACAAAACAAAACCCAGCUUUUCUUUUUGGGACAAAGGCUCUGAGCCAUGCUAAGUGCCUGGACCUGGCUAACCAUUACCUGGGCUACAACGGCUGGUCCACUCGCAUCGUUACUCUGAAGGAGCUCUCCGACUACACAGCCGUCAGCGGGAACUCGGACGCCCAGGCGCAGGGAAAGCUGCUGAAAUUUGGCUGCGUGGUGGAGCUCACGAUUCCCCAACAUGGAGUGACAUGUCGCGGGGUAGGCGUUGCUGAGGAAGUCAUCGAUCUGGAGAAAGGCCCAGAAGGGAAGCUCUGGAAGCGGGGGAAGCUGAUGAGAUGGGCCCGCGACAAGGCAACCGCUAGUGCCUUUGAGAAAGUGGUAGUAAUAGUUCUGGGCAAUGGAAAAGUGGCGGUUGAAUGCAGGUUCGAUCCGGACGAAAUUCUGCCAGAUGAGAAUAUCGAAGCAGUUAUCCAGGUGAAUGACAUCUCUUGGAACGAGCUGGCGCCGGGUCACUGGGAGGAGGGCGAUAUGCCUUGGGCCAUUACAAUGGAAUUGUCCAAUUAGCUUUCAGCCAUUAUGAUCCUAGCAGUUAAUUGUCCAAUUAGCCUUCAGCCAUUAUGAUCCUAGCAGUUAAUUGUCCAAUUAGCCUUCAGCCAUUAUGUUCCUAGCAGUUCGUAAGAUGAAAGCUGGACUCCUUACCCUGCUCCACAGAACCAAGGCCCUGGACCCGACCUCAACCGCCAGAAGACAAGCUGGCCAUGUGCUCAAGAACUGGAUUUAAUUUAUUUAUUUGUUUGUUUUCUUUAGGUUAAUUAUUUAAAAAAUAGAAACAAUAAAAUAAUAACCUGUAACAUCCUCAUUAGUUAAUUCACCACAAAUAAAAGUAUUUUUAUAUUUGUAUACUGAAGAAUGUGCAUUUAUUAAAUCCAA